GCCCCUGCUCCUCCCGGCGGCCAGCGGCCGGGGGCGGCGGGGGAGGAUCGCGGAGGCGGAGGCAGGGACCGCCUGCGAGUGCGCCCGCUGCUCUGUCCCGGCUCGCUAGUCGCCGGAGCCCCGCCGUGCUGUCCCUGGUGAGUCACUGUGUACGGUCCUUCCUUGGCCUCUACUGGAAAACAAUUGUCCAGCAUUUUGGUGUGUGGUAGGGACACGUGACUAUCAGUAAUCAUGAAGAACCCAUUUUCACACCUUUCUGAGCCUUUGGAUCCUGCACAACCAGGAAAGAAAUUCUUCAAUUUGAAUAAAUUGGAGGAUUCAAGAUAUGUACGCUUACCAUUUUCAAUCAGAGUUCUCCUGGAGGCAGCUGUUCGGAACUGUGAUGAGUUUUUGGUGAAGAAAAAUGACAUUGAAAAUAUCCUAAAUUGGAAUAUCAUGCAGCAUAAGAACAUAGAAGUACCAUUUAAGCCUGCCCGUGUCAUCCUACAGGACUUUACGGGUGUGCCAGCUGUGGUUGACUUUGCUGCAAUGCGUGAUGCUGUGAAAAAGUUGGGAGGAGAUCCAGAGAAAAUAAACCCUGUCUGUCCUGCUGAUCUUGUAAUUGACCAUUCUAUCCAGGUUGACUUCAACAGAAGGGCUGACAGUUUACAGAAGAAUCAGGACCUAGAAUUUGAAAGAAAUAAAGAACGAUUUGAAUUUUUAAAGUGGGGUUCUCAGGCUUUUCGCAACAUGAGGAUUAUUCCCCCUGGUUCAGGAAUCAUCCACCAGGUGAAUCUGGAGUACUUGGCAAGAGUGGUGUUUGAUCAGGAUGGAUAUUAUUACCCAGAUAGCCUUGUGGGCACAGAUUCACACACUACCAUGAUUGAUGGUUUGGGUGUUCUUGGUUGGGGUGUGGGUGGUAUUGAAGCAGAAGCUGUCAUGCUUGGUCAACCGAUCAGCAUGGUGCUUCCCCAGGUGAUUGGCUACAGGUUGAUGGGAAAGCCCCAAGCUCUGGUAACAUCCACUGACAUUGUGCUCACCAUUACCAAGCACCUCCGCCAGGUUGGGGUUGUGGGCAAAUUUGUCGAGUUCUUUGGGCCAGGAGUAGCCCAAUUGUCCAUUGCUGAUCGAGCUACAAUUGCAAACAUGUGUCCAGAAUAUGGAGCAACAGCUGCCUUUUUCCCAGUUGAUGAAGUUAGUAUCAAGUACCUGGUGCAGACAGGUCGGGAUGAAAACAAAGUCAAGCACAUUAAAAAGUAUCUUCAGGCUGUAGGAAUGUUUCGAGAUUUUAGUGACUGCUCUCAAGACCCAGACUUCACCCAGGUUGUGGAAUUAGAUUUGAAAACAGUUGUACCUUGCUGCAGUGGACCCAAGAGGCCUCAGGACAAAGUCGCUGUGUCUGACAUGAAAAAGGACUUUGAGACCUGCCUUGGAGCAAAGCAAGGAUUUAAAGGAUUCCAAGUUGCUGCAGACCAUCACAAUGACCAGAAGACAUUUAUCUACAAUAAUAAUGAAUUCACCCUUGCUCAUGGUUCUGUGGUAAUUGCUGCCAUUACUAGCUGCACAAAUACCAGUAAUCCAUCUGUGAUGUUAGGAGCAGGAUUAUUAGCAAAGAAGGCUGUGGAUGCUGGCCUGAAUGUGAAGCCAUACAUCAAAACCAGCUUGUCUCCUGGCAGUGGAGUGGUCACUUACUAUCUGCGAGAAAGUGGAGUCAUGCCUUAUCUGUCUCAGCUUGGGUUUGAUGUGGUGGGCUAUGGCUGCAUGACCUGCAUUGGCAACAGUGGACCCUUACCUGAACCUGUGGUAGAAGCCAUCACUCAGGGAGACCUAGUAGCUGUUGGAGUACUAUCUGGGAACAGGAACUUUGAGGGUCGAGUCCACCCUAACACCCGGGCCAACUAUUUAGCGUCUCCUCCCUUAGUAAUAGCAUACGCAAUUGCUGGGACCAUCAGGAUUGACUUUGAGAAAGAACCACUGGGGACAAAUGCAAAGGGACAACAAGUAUUUCUGAAAGAUAUCUGGCCCACUCGAGAUGAGAUCCAGGCGGUGGAGCGACAGUAUGUCAUCCCUGGGAUGUUUAAGGAGGUCUAUCAGAAAAUAGAGACUGUGAAUGAAAGCUGGAAUGCUUUAGGAGCUCCAUCAGAUAAGCUGUACUUCUGGAAUCCCAAAUCUACAUAUAUUAAAUCACCACCAUUCUUUGAAAAUCUGACUUUGGAUCUUCAGCCCCCUAAAUCUAUAGUGGAUGCCUACGUUCUAUUAAAUUUGGGAGAUUCAGUAACAACUGACCACAUCUCUCCAGCUGGAAAUAUUGCAAGAAAUAGCCCUGCUGCUCGUUACUUAACUAAUAGAGGCCUAACUCCUCGAGACUUCAACUCCUAUGGCUCCCGCCGAGGAAAUGAUGCCAUCAUGGCACGGGGAACCUUUGCCAACAUUCGCUUGUUAAACAAAUUUUUGAACAAGCAGGCACCGCAGACUAUACAUCUUCCUUCUGGAGAAACUCUUGAUGUAUUUGAUGCUGCUGAGCGGUAUCAACAAGCAGGCCUUCCCCUAAUUGUUCUGGCUGGCAAAGAGUAUGGCUCAGGUAGCUCCCGAGACUGGGCUGCCAAGGGCCCUUUCCUGCUGGGAAUCAAAGCUGUUUUAGCUGAAAGUUAUGAGCGCAUUCACCGCAGUAACUUGGUUGGAAUGGGAGUGAUCCCCCUUGAAUAUCUCCCUGGUGAGAAUGCAGACACCCUGGGACUCACAGGACGGGAACGAUACACUAUUGUCAUUCCAGAGAACCUCAAACCACAAAUGAAAGUCCAGGUUAAGCUGGAUACUGGAAAGACCUUCCAGGCUGUCAUGAGGUUCGACACUGAUGUGGAGCUUACUUAUUUCCACAACGGAGGCAUCCUCAACUACAUGAUACGCAAGAUGGCCAGGCAGGCCCUUGUUUCUUAGAAGAUCCACACUAGGUGCUGCACCCCAUGGGAUCCCAGCCAGCUGGGGCCCUAGUGGAGAAACUUCUUUGCAGACAGCAAGUAAACACUGCAUUUUGGGUGCCAUUCCUGGAGGCACAAAGCCAAGUUUCUACAUUCUCUGUUAUUGUUAAUCUUUGAAUCUUUUUCUAGAAUUUGGAAGCUGUAAUCAUGGGAAGAUCAGUAAUGCAGAAAGAGAACCAGCCUGUCUUUAAAUCAGUGACAUUGAUUUUUUUUCACUCUUCCCUAUUAAUUUUCAGCUAAGCACUAGCAAGUCUUCUCGGAAGGUGUCUCCUACCCUGUUUUCCCUCCUACCCUUCCCUUGCUUUUCUGUUUUCCUCUGCUCAGUGAAACCCUUCUUUUAAGGGUUCUGUUCCUUUGCAAUUUAUACCAGUGUUAAUUGGCAUAGGUAGGUAAGAACUUUUUCACCCUUCAAAUCAUGGUAGUGAUUGUGAUCCCCCUUCAGAGUGAGUAAUCCAGAUGCCUCAUGGUCAGGUCAAACGUUGAAUUUUUUGAUGAUGUACCUUUAGAUGGAUCCACAUAACAGUAAAAAUUUUUCUUUAUUAUGUUGAGAAAUUUUCCCCAGGAAACAUUUUAUCUGUCAAGGAGACCUUUGUUUGGAGAUGGAUUGGGAGACAUAGAACACUUCUGAUUUGAAUAAGAUUAAAUAUAUUUUCAUGGAAAAUUUGUUGACUUUGAAAUCCAGUUUUACAAUAUUUAAAGCACUUUCAUCCUGAAGUCUGAAUGACUUUCAUGUUCUCCUAUUUCUAAACAUACCUCUGGACUGUGCAGAUACAGAAGAAGUGUUGAGGAACUACUACAUUGCCUGCCCUGUUUGGGAGCAGCAGAUGAAGGAAGAGUAGCCUAGUACCUGGUAGCAGUAGCAAGGAUGUUGAGAAUAGUGGGCAGAUUAGCUUUAGAGUUUAUUUGCUCACUUGUAUCACUAAAUCCAUUUCAGGGCAUGUCUUAGUCUGCAUGGGCAGCCAUAACAAAAUGCUACAGACUGAGUGACAAUCAGCAGAAAUUGAUAUUCUUGCAGUUCUGAAACCUGGGAAAUCAAGAUUCUAGCUCCUUCAAUUUGUGGUGAGCAUUCUCUUGACCUUGUAGGUCAAGACUUAUAGGUGACUUUUCCUUGAUAUGCACAAGAAGGAAAGGGAGAGGAUUGUCUUUCUGGUGUUUUAGAAGAACACUAAUUAUAUAAGAUAACAGUCCCAUCCUUAUGACCUCAUUUAAUAUUAAUUAAGUUUAAAUUAUUUUUCUUAAGAGUUGCUAUUUCCACACUACCAUUGGGGUUAGGGCUUCAACAUAUGAAUUUUGGGAGGGCACAAACAUUCAGUUCAUGACAAGGUAUCUUAUAGUUAAUCUUGUAAUAAGUUCACAUUUUAAUAUAUGUUAGCAAUAUAGGAAAAGUAUUAGUGGUUCCACUGUAGUUAUCAGGGAGGCUAAAUAAUAAUUUACAAGUCUAAUAUAUAGAAGUGCCAAGAUUUCAAAGCUGAUUUUCUAAACGGCUGACAGUUAACAUCUGGAAUGUAUGGGACUUCCAAAUCUUAGCAAUUUGUAGAUCAGGUGUAAAUUUCUUUAAUUCCCUCCCUGUCUGUUCUCUUUCUCUCUCCCCCCUCUGGAAGCCAGCCUGCUGCCUCUUACCCUCUCAUGUUGUGGGCCUGCUCACCUGUGCCUUUGGGGUUCCCUAUCUCGUGAGAACCAGAGAGCUAAAGAGCCGAGCCUUGGCUCCAAUCCAGCCAGUGCUUCUGUUAUUGAUUAAAGUGGAAUGUGUUUUGAAUUUUUUUCUUUGUAUCUUAAAAAAUUUUAAUUGACAAGUGAAAAUUAUGUGUUUACUAUAUAUGUUUUAAAAAUGCAUAAACAUUGUAGAAUGGCUAAAUAGAGCUUAUUAACCUAUGUAUUGCCUUGCAUAUUUUUUGUAGUGAGAAUACUUAGUGAUUUCCAAGAAUAUAUUAACUAUGAUCACCAUGUUGUACAAUGGAGCUUUUGAACUUAUUCCUCCCAAAUGAAAUUUUGUAUCUUUUGACAUCUGACUACCCUUGUUAAUUACCUUUCUAUUCUUUACUUCUUUGAAUUUAACAUUAGAUUCCAUACAUAAGAAAGAUCAUGUGGUACUUAUCUUGCUGUACUGACUUAUUUAACUUAACAUAGUGUCCUCCAGGUUCAUCCAUAUUGUUGCAAGUUAAAAGACUUUAUUUUUUCAAGUUGAAUAGCAUUCAUUAUGUAUGUAUAUGAAUACAUAUCACAUUUUCUUUCUCCAUUCAUCCAUUGAUGGGUACUUUGACUGAUUCCAUAUUGUGGCUAAUGUGAAUAAUGCUGCAGUAAACACAGGAGCAUAGAUAUCUCUUGAACAUACUGAUUUAAUUUUCUUUGGAUAUAUUCCCAGAAAUGGGAUUGCUGGAUCAUAUAGUGAUCAUUUUAGCUUUUUGAGGUCUCCAUAAAGUUUCCCAUAAUGGCUAUGCUAAUUUACAUUCCUAUCAACAGUGUGCAGUGUUCCCUUUCCUCCACAUCCUCACCAACACUUAACUUUCAUGAUGAAAGGUAAGUGUUGAUGACCAUUGUAACAGGUCUGGAGUGGCCAUCUUGUAGUUUUGAUUUUAAGUUCCAUGAUAAUAUUGUUAAGCAUUUUUUCUUUUCCACAAUGGCCAUGUAUGUGCUGCUUUUGAGAAAUGCUUAUUCAGGUCCUUUGCUCAUUUUUUAAUUACUUGGUUUUUUGUUAUUGAGUUUUAAUUCUUUAUAUAUUCUGGUUAUUAACCACUUAUCAAAUGUAUGGUUUGCACAUAUUUCCUCUUGUUCUGUAGGUUGUCUUUUUACUGUUUGCCUGGCUACAGAAGCUUUUUAAUUUUGAUGCAGUCCUGUUUGUCUCUUUUAAAUUUUGUUGCUUUUGCUUUGGGGUCAUAUAAAAAAAAAAUCAUUGCCUAGACCAAUGUCAUGGAGUUUUUCCUCUGUGUUUUCAUCUAUUAUGAUCUACAAUGUCAGGUCUUAUGUUGAAGUUUUUAAUCCAUCUCAAGUUGAUUUUUAUACGUGGUAUGAAAUAAGGGUUUAAUGUCAUUCUUUUUCAUGUAGCUAUCCUGUUUUCCCAACACCAUUAUUGAAGAAACUGUUUGUUUGCCAUUAUGUGUUCCUGUCUCCUUUGUCAGGAAUCAAUUGGCCAUACAUGAGUGGCUUCAUUUCUUGGGUGUCUCUUCUUUUCCAAUGGUCUGUUUUUAUGCCAGUACUAUGCUAUUUUGAUUGCUGUAGUUUUGUAAUGUAUUUUGAAGGCAGACAAGGUAAUUCACUCUGUUCUCUUCUUUUUGUUCAAGGUGAAUGACUAUAUGGAGUUUUUUUGUGAUUCCCUAUAAGUUUCAGACUUGUUUUCAUUUCUGUGAAAAACAUUGGAAAUUUGAUAGGAAUUGCAGUGAAUCUGUAGAUUGCUUUGGAUAGUGUGAACGUUUUAACAUUAAUUGUUCCACUGAAAGAACAUGGGAUAUCUUUUCACUUUUUGAUACCAUCUUCAGUUCUUUCAUUAGUGUUUGUUUUCAGUGUAUAAGUAUUUCUAAGCACUAUUUUGUACCUGUUACAUAUAGAAUGGUUUACUCCUUUUUAUAGAUAGUUCAUUUUUAAUUUGUAGAAAUACUACUAAUUUUUGUGGUGAUUUUUUGUAUCCUGCAGCUUUACUGAAUUUGUUUAUUAUAAGUUUUUUUAACAUGGAGUUUUUAGCAUUUUCCACAUAUAAAAUCAUGUUAUCUGCAAACAGUUUUUUUUCUUUAUAAUUUAGAUGCCUUUUAUUUCUCUGACCUAAUUGCUCUAUGACUUUCAGUGCUGCAUUGAAUACAAAUGAUAAGAGUUGACAUCUUUUGUCUUCUUCCUGAGAGGAAAAGCUUUCAACUUUUCCCCACUGAGUAUGAUGUCAUCUGUGUGUUUGUCAGAUAUGGCCUGCAUGAGGUAAAUUACUUCAAUCCUAAUUUCUUCAGAAUUUUUCUCAUGAAAGAAUAUUGAAUUUUGUCAGAUUUUUAAACCUCUAGUGAGGUGAUUUUAUGGCUUUUGUCCCUUUUGUUAAUAUAGUAUAUACACUGGAAUAUGCUGAACUAUUCUGGCAACCAAUGGAUGUAUCCUACCUACUUCAACAUGAAGAGUUCUCUGAACAUACUAUUUGGUUUGUUAAAAAUUUUUUGCAUAUAUGCUUAUGUGCCUAUAAUUUUCUUACAGUAUCCUUGUCUGCCUUUGGUAUUAGGAUAAUGCUAGCUAGGCUCAUAAAAUGAGUUUGGAAAUACUUCCUCUUCAAUUUUUUGAAAUUGUUAAGAACUGAUAUUCUUUAAAUGAACUUCCUUAAUUUUUGUCUGAAGGAGAGUUUUGCCAGGUACAAUAUUCUUGGGGGUUUUUUGGUUCGGUUGAUUUUGGUUUCAUUUAUUUUUUUCCCUUCUUUUUUCUCCCCAGCACUCUCAAUUAUAUGUUGAAAAAAAUCUGCUGCUAGCUUUAGCAGAACUCCCUUAUAUAUGCUUUGCUUCCCUUUUAUAGGCUCUUCUUUAUCUUUGACUUUUAACAGUUUAAUUAUAAUGCCUUGGUGUUUUCUUGUUUGGACUGACUCUGAUUGGAGACCUAUAUUUUUGUCUCUUUCCCCAGAUUUGGAGUUUUCUGCAUUCUUUUUGAAUUCUUAUGUUUCUUUUGAUACUGUCAGAUAAAUCCCAUAAGUUUUCUUUUUGUUCAUUUAAUUUUUCUUUCUUCUAUAUAUUUUCAAAUAACCCAUCUUCAGGUUCACAGGUGUUCCUUCUGCUGGAUUGUCCUUGCUAUGGACACUAUUGUGCUUUUCAUUCAUCAUGUUUUCAUCUCUAGAAUUUGAUUUUCUAAAAAAAAAAUGCAAUAUCUUAAAAUUCUCAUUUUAGUCAUUUAUUACAGUCUUCCUGAUCCCAUUGAAUUGUCUGUUUUCUUGAAGUUUGCCAAGCUUCCUUAAAACGGUCAUUUUGAAUUAUUUAUCAGACAGAUCAUAAAUCUCUAGUCUCGUGAUGUCAGUGAUUGGCUUUAUUUUGUUCUUUGGUGGGGUUCUGUUUCCCUAAUUGUUCUUAAUACUUAUAGCCAUGCCUUGGUAUCUGCACAUUUCAAAAAGGUCUUAUUCUAGUUUUGUGGGCUGGCUUUAAGUGGGAAAGCCCUUCACUGGUUAACCCAUUUAGAGAUUCUGGGUAGGCUAUCUAGAGUGGUCUGUGGGUGGGAUUGCUACUGGAGUCCUUGACUGAUUAGAUCUGGUAUCUAUAGAUCAGCAGACAGAUGAGUCAGGUUGGAUUCAAAGUGUGGGUCCACUGGAAUAGUUCUAUUCAGCAGGACUGCAAGAAUUGGCCCCUGUCCACAGGAGUUAAACUGGACCUGAGGUGAGCCUUGAGCCUGAAUCCUUGAGCCUGAAUCACUGUAGUAUGCUGACUGGUUGGAGCCCUACAUCUACAGGGGUAAUCCUAGAAUCUGCACCACUUUUCUCAAGUAGGUCUAGAUGCUGGCUCCACUGGAGCCUUGAGCCACAGGGGUUGGCUGGUGCCAGGACAUGAGUGAGGCCUGGAAUUGUGGGUACUGACUUGAUGCCUAAAAUCACUAGGCAGGGUUGGCAUGGAAACUGGGUCCAUGAGGACUGUUCUGGAACUGAGUUCACAGGGUCAGUCCUAGAGUGCAGCUUGUCCCCACUAGGGUCUGCUGGAGCCAGCUUCAUGUGCAGCACUGCAGGUCAGCAGGGCUAAGACAUGCAAUUAUGAUGCUAGUCUGGUGCUAGGGCCAGCCUGACUCUGAGGUGGGCCUGGAACCAGAAUGAAUGGCAUGGGAAUUGGCCUAGAAACAGUCUACCAGACAAGCUUUGAGUCUGGGACACAGCCCUGCCCUGCACUGGGUUUUGCUUUGGCAAGCCUAGUGUUGGAGUCCAAGGCAAAGCCAGUGCUCACUUCCCUUCCCUAGCCCCAAGCUUAGGGUACCUCGCACUAUGCUGCCUAAGAUUGAGGGAGAAGUGGCACAGGUGAGGUAAAGCACUUCUUAACCUUUUUCAGUGCAUCUGUACUUCUGUGCCACGUCUAGGUGAUGUAAAUAUCCCACUUGGUAGCCUUAGCUCUUAGGACAGUGUUUUUGUGUGUGGACAGUUGUUCAAAUGGAUGUUUUUGUGGGAGGACAAGCAUGGAAAUUCACAUUCCACUGUCCUGCUCAAGUUUCAUUAUUUCUUGAUAUGUGACAUUAUGGUUUCAGAGUCAGUGUAUUUGGGAGACACAGUGUUAGAUAGGUCUUAAUUAUUAAAGAAUUGACAGUGACAAUGACAGUGUAUGUUGUAGGUCACUGAGGGAAAGGGUGGCAACAAAUGGUCAGAAACCUACCUGACCAUAGAAUACAUUCUUCAGAGAAUCUCAUGGCACUGUGUUCUACAGAAUGCACCUGAGGAAAUACUGGCUUCUGCUUUGUUAUUUGAAAUUCAGUUAAUAUAGAAUCUGUUUUAAGUACAGGAAUCAGUUUACUGACGUUGUUGCACAAUCAGGGCUUUGAAAGAUUCCAUUUCAGGGUGAAAGCAUCAUAGUGUCAGCACCAGCUAGAACCAUGGAGAUAACAAGGUGGUAGAACAGGUUUAUCUGAACCACCUGAAGAACUUACAGAAACACACAUGGCUAGACACCCUGCUAGGACACUAUAUUGGGGACUGGGAUUAUGUCCAUGAAAAAGACUCCCUGGUUAGCUCUCAAAUGCAGCCUUUGAUCAAGAAAUCCAAUGACAGCAAUGACCUAUUUCUUCAUUCAGUACAUAUUAACCAAGUGCCUAUUCUGUUCUCAGGUCUAUGCCUGACAAUGGCUUGAUUCCAUAUGAAAGUCAAAUGAGGAAAUUCUAAGUUUUUGUUUCAGCUUUAGUCUGAAGAGAGGACUAUUUGCCUUCCAUCUAAAUUAAAUGUUAAAAGCGUUUUUCUCUUCUGAAUGACAUUUCUAGUAGAUGUUUAAUGUAGAAGUUCCUAAAUAGUAAUAUCAAAGAAUAGUAAUUACAUAUAAAGAUCCUAAUAGUGAAAAAUGAAAAAAUCAGCUCUCAACAAAUUGUUUUAAUUUUAUUGUAUCUAAGAAUACUAUUAUAGUAACCAUUGUUAAGCAAUUAAUUAUUGUGUGUGUGUGUGUGUGUGUGUGUGUGUAUGUGUGUGGUGUACUUUUCUUAUAUUUUAAUUAAAAGCUGUCCACUAACCCUGA